AAUCAGCCCAGUUAAGAGAAUGAAAACAGUGAGGGGUGAGAAGUCUGAUUGUGUUACAUAGAGCAGAUAGGUACAUAAACACACACAGGAGGACUGAGCAAGAAGACAGAGAGAGGGAAGCUGAGAGAGAGAAAGCAGCAGGAGAGGUGAAGUCUGACGGAGAAGAAGAUACUGUUAGGGGGUUUGCUGCUGCUGUGCUGGGAUCAUGUCUCUUCAAGGCAAGGUGGCUCUAGUGACAGGGGGGGCUCAGGGCAUUGGCAGAGCCGUGGUCCAGUCACUGCUACACAGCUUAGCCAAGGUGACUAUGGUCGAUCUGAACAAGACCUGUGGUGAAGAGUGCAAGACACAUCUGGAUGCAGAGUUUGGAGAGGGCAACUGCACCUUUAUUCAGUGUGAUGUGUCUGAUGGAGAUUCACUGAAAGAUGCCUUCCAGAGAACCGUGGACCAGUUUGGUCGCCUGGACAUCGUGAUAAAUAAUGCUGGCAUUAACAAUGAAAAUAACUGGGAGAAGACCAUUCAAGUCAACUUGACAUCUGUAAUAAAGGGAACCUACUUGGCACUGGAACACAUGAGUAAAGAGUAUGGCAACGAAGGAGGCACCAUUAUUAAUGUAUCCUCUAUGGCAGCCUUCCUCCAUUCUCCUCAUCAGCCUGUCUACACUGCUACCAAACAUGGAGUCAUCGGGUUUACAAGAGCUAUGGCAGACGCAUCCACUCAGGGUAACUACGGUGUUCGUAUCAACGUCCUGUGUCCAGCUUUCGUCGACACACCUCUGCUGCACUCGGUGGAACAUGAGGACAACAUGGGCAAGUUUGUCAAGUUCAAGGAUGAUUUCAAACGCAGCAUGCACAAGUUUGGAGUUUUACAGCCCUCACUGAUAGCAGAGGGAAUGAUGAAGUUGAUCAUGGACUCCAGUCUGAAUGGAGCAGUCAUGAAGAUCACCUGCUCCAAGGGAAUCCACUUCCACACCUAUGAACCCAUGUCUGCUUGAGCCUGGAGAAAAACUGGACUCCAUGCUGCUGCUAACGUAACAGUGCAGCGCUUUAAUCUAUCUCACUAUAACACACUGAUUCAGGACAACACUUGGCUGCUGUUAGGGUUAACAUCUGAACCGCAUCUGACCAGCAUUUGAAUUUUGAUCAUCUAAGAACUAUUUUGAAUAAUUCCAUAAUUAUCGGAAUUAAAUUAUUUGGCGAACAUAUAGAUGAGCCUCUUUCAGUUAGGUUUAGUCAUUCAUAGUCAUCCACCUCAGACAUUACUUUACUGUAAAGAGUUGUAGCUGAUUUGAUAGAUUUGUUUAAAAACUCAUUAUGUGUGUGUGUGUGUGUGUGUAUGGUUACAAGUUGUUCUCAUUUACACAAUUAGGCAACCACCCAAAAAAUAUUUUCUUGUGGCCCACAAACAUCACAUGAACCAACUGAAGCUGCUAAUAAAAUAAUUUACAAUCCC